AUGAAAGCUCUUUCUAAAGCCAAACUCCGUCACUCCCAAAAGCAACAACAAGAAGAGCGAUCAGCCCUUUCGAGUCGCAAUUCACCAACACCACCUCUUCCUCCCUCUCGGGCGAACCUCUCAACUCAUUCGCAUCAUCAUGAGACUCCAUCGCUCAGUGAUCAUAAUAUUACUCAUUAUAUUCAUCAUAAGGAGGAGUAUACGAAUGGUUGUGAUGAUGAUGAAUACAUUUUCAACAAGACUUCAUCUUCCAAUGUUGUAGAUGUGCGCUUGUUGAAAUAUGAAAGAAAUUUACUUCUCCUCACACUACUCAAUACUCAUCGACAUUUAAUUGUUGAUCAUCCUAAUGAUAAUAUCAACAACAACAACAACAACAGUAUGGAUGAUACGAAUAGCAGUAGUUCAAGUGAUCAUCCUCCUUCUGACAUCAUGACCCAUCACAUUCAUUCCUAUUUACAAUCUCUUCAAUCCAAUUCGGACAAUAUGGAUUUCAUCAUUCAUUCAAAUCUCAGUAGAAUCACCAAUGUGUCCUCUCUUGUGCAAUGCAUUCUCAACAAACAAUCAUUGAUGGAUUUGAGUGAAUUUCAUUUACUAUACUUACCUUCUGCUGAGAAGAACGAAACACAAAAGGAGUCCUCAAGAAUGAAGAUCAGCACCACGAAUAGUAUGAAGACCACAAGUACUACGACCCAACUCUCCACACCAACAACAACAACACCAUCCACACCACCACCACCAACCAUCACCAAAUUAGAUUUGUCAAAUCCCAUCCCAAGCUUUUCAAUCACCUCAGUCACUCCUCCUCCUCCUAAACAACAACAAGACUAUGAAGAUCGUUCCACUACUGCCAAUUAUAAUAUUAGUACCACCAUCAAUUCAUCCUCUUCUCCAACAAUAGUAGAGACUGCUACUAUGGAGGAGGCGAUCACCACCACAAAUACCACCACAAAUACCAUCAUCACCACAAAUACCACCACAAAACCCUCACAACAACCACCUUCCUCUCAACUGCCACAACCGACAAUGAUGAAACGAUUGAAACCUCUUCCAAAACCAGCCUUAUUGGAUACUUCCGAGUUGUUUUACAAGACUGUGAUGGGUGAUGAUGUGAUUCAAUUUUAUAAUAACAACAAAUCACCAAGAUCACCACAAACAUCAUCAUUACCAUCACCACUACAUGAAUUAUUUCAUCAACAUGUAUGGAUGACCUCCUCCUCGAGUACGAGUCCUCGUAAUUCUUCACUUUGGUAUCACAUUUCCUAUUCAGAUUUAAAAUUAAUUUCCUAUGAACUUGUAUUAGUAUUAUCCAAUGCACUUAUUGAAUAUCAUACCAUUCAUAAUAAUCGAAACUCUUUUGAUACUGUAUUGAAUGUCGUGAGAAAAUAUUGUGGAAUUUCCAAAAAUGAUCAUUUCAAUAUGGUUAAGAGAGUCAUUUCUGGAAAUUCUUCAAAUCAUCCUCUACUUUCAAUUCUUUCAUCAUUUAACACUGUUGAUUGUGUUGAGUAUUAUCAAGUAUUAACAAAAUUGAAAUCUUCACAGACAGAAUCAAAUCCUGAACAAAAAUCAUUUCUCUAUCUUUGGAAAUUAAUUGGUAAUAAUUUAAAAAUAGAAACUAUUACUACCACAAAUAAUAAUAAUACUAUUAAUAAUAAUAAUAACACUAUUACUACUGCCACUAUUAAUAAUAAUAAUAAUACUACUACUUCUAAUAAUAAUACUAUUAAUACCACCACCACCACCACCACCACUACAUUCCAAAUGAAAUUGAAAAAUCAAAUCUAUUCCAAUUUUCAUUCUCUCCAAUCCUUACUUUUCAAUGAAUUUGAAUUAAUCAUGAAAUGUGAAGAACAUCAACAUGCCAUUCAAAUCUACACUCGACUAAAUUCAGAUCUUGUCAUGCCAAUACUAGAAACUUUAAAUCCUAGUAAUAGUAGUAUUAAAACGACUGCUAUUACUAAUAAUACUCCCACAAUGACCUCUUUAUUACCCUCCUCCUAUUCAUUUCCUAUCAAUAUUCAAUUAUAUUCUCAACUUUCAGAUACUCGAGUAUUAAAUCUUUUAAAAUUACUUAAAAAUAAUCAAUUAGAAAUUCCAGAAUAUUUUGAAGAUAUCAUGAAUGAUGAUACAAAUUAUGAUGAAUCUUUUGAACAUGUGAUUGAACACGAUGCAGUCACAAUGGCAUUGAAACCCAUUCGACAAACAUUAAACAUUUCUGAAACUAUGGAUACUUUGUGUUUCAUUGAUUCUAUAUUUAGAAUGGAACAGAAUUGUAGUACAGAUACUGAUCUAAUGUUACAAUGUGAUCGAUUGUUAUUACUACUCUUUCAAUACUAUAUUAAGAAGAGAAAUGUUAUUUCUAAUUAUACCAAAUAUAGUGAAGAAGAGAAAGUGUAUUAUGAUCAUGUAUUUGGAACGAUGAGACAAGUCUUGGGACUUAAUUUAUUAGAUUUUACUUCUAGUUAUAGUAUUGAUCAUGAAAUAUUUACUAGUCAUCUCAAAUUAUUUAGAUAUAUUUGUUAUAUCAUGAUGAAGAAUGAUUUCACACUCACACAUCCAUCCAUGAAUUUAAUAUUUGAAAGUAUAACCAAAUCAUCCAUUCGAAAACAAUAUGAAAGAAUUAAACAACAAGAAUGUACACAUGUAGCAUUUACAAAGAGUAGUAGUGGUACGAGUGGUACGAGUGGUGUUGUUGAGGUUGUUGUUGUUGGUGGUGGUGGUGGUGGUAGUCCUCUCGCCUACAAUUAUCGUAUGACAAUAACACCAUCAACACCACCAACACCAGAGAAAACAAUGAAUGCCAGCAAUCAUUUAAAUACAACCACCAUUACCACCACUACUACCAAUUUGAAUACAACGACCACCACUAUUGAUACCAAUUCAAAUACAACCAUUUCCACUCCUACUACUACCCCCACUACUCUAAAUGAUUCAAAAUUAGACAUUGAUGAACCUACUACUACUAUCAUGAAUGAUUCAAAAGAUAUUGACACACAAAAUCUCAUCAUUUGCAAUCAAUUUAUCAAAUUUGGAAAAGAAUUACUCUCAGAAUUAACCUAUCAACAAUCUACAUUAUUUUCAUCACUUUCCAAUUACUAUGAAGGUGCAUUUAUUGAAUCACUUUAUAUGACUUUUACAUUUUAUAUGAAAGAUUUACAAUCCAUUCUCUCAAAUUAUUUAUUUCCUACAAAGACAACAAUUGAUGAUCACUCUAAUAAUGACACCAUGAAGAAUCAUUAUCAUUUAUUUAACAUAUUUUCUGUAUUACAAUCUUUUUUAAUGUUAUUUAAUGAAUGUAUUUUCGAUGAGAAUGUGGAUGAUAAUGAUGAUACAUCAUCCAUGAUGGAUGAAGAAACACCUACAAACAAGACAUUAUCGAUAGUCACUCCUAACAACAACAACAAAUUGAAUUCUUCAUCAUCUCCUUCAUCUACCACAUUGAAUUCUUCUUCAUCUAUAUUUGGAAAUUACAAACUCUCCUAUCCUCAUCGAAUUCUAAAAAUAUUUGAACCUAUCAUGAAUCUCUUAAAACAACCCAUGAAUCUUUACAUUAAUCACAUUCAAAGUCAAUUCUUUAAAUAUUUAGAAAAUGCAGUGAAAUUAGAGAAAUGGCAACCCUUAAAUGAAGAUGUCACUUAUUCAUCUUCCUAUAUUGAUCUCUUUACCUUUAUUAGGCAAGGAGUACCAUCUUUGUAUUCUAUUUGUUUACCCAAUGUAUUGGAAUAUUACAAACAUUUUAAUCAAUGUUUGAGUGGAUUAAUGCAAAGAUAUUGUGUUCAUAUUAUGAAAGAUUUACCAAAACCAGAAGAUUUUAUACCCCAGAGAUUAUAUCCAUGGAGUAGUGAAAGUACAAGUUAUCCUAAUAGUAGUAAUAGUAAUAGUAGUAAUAGUAGUAAUAGUAAUCAAAGUAAUAGUCCCAAAAGCAGUCCUGGUGGAAUGUUUAAAAAAUUUUUAAAAUCCAACUCUACAAGCACCACCAGUAGCACCACCAAUUCUUCAUCCUCCUCUUUGAUGAAUGAUCUCAUUACAAAUCCUCAAAAAACUUUUCAUUCCAUCUCUUAUGAAUCUUUGUUUGUGAGAUUGGCCAAUCUUGUCAAUACUCGUAGACAAUACAUCAAAACAGUGAAAGAAUUAAUUGAAUAUUCAGAACAGAGUCGAUUAUUAUUUAUUGGAAAAUCUAAUGCAACAACACACAAUCCUACUACUCUACCAUCCAUCUAUGCAAGUGUUGAUUUUUAUUCUAAUUUAGAAGGAACAUGUGAUUUGUUAAAAGAUUUCAUUUCACAACUCACUGAAUUAAUUGGAUCUAGAAAUAUCUAUUGUGAAUUGUAUCAUAAUUUAUUUGGUGAAUUAUAUUUACCUCAAGUGAAAGAUUUUACUGUUGCUCCUAAAAUGAUUCAAGAAUAUUUUGAACCAUGUUUAGAGAGUUUAUUAGAUUUGUGUGAUGAUCCAGUGUGUGUGGAGUGGAUUAUUACAAGUAUGUUUAAACAUUUAGUGAAGGCAUUGUAUUUGAUUGUGGUUGAGGGAUAUUUAUCACCUGAUAAUGAAUUUCAUUUGAAAUGGAGAUGUUGGAGUGGUGAUGGUGGUGAUCAUAGUUCUGGUAAUAGCAAUGGUAAUAGUAGUGGAACCAAUAGUAGUCAUAAUAGUAGUGGAAGAGAAAUCUCCUCUCAUGUCUCUCUCUCAAAAAUUCUCUUGAAUGAUUUGAUUCAAAUUGAAAAAUUCUUUUACAGUGAAGGUGAAGGUAUUCCUGAUUGGAAUUUCAUUACUCACACAACGAGCCAUUUAAAGAAUAUUAUUGCCAAUGUGAUGGACAAGACAAGUGAACAAUUGAUUCAUGGAAGUAUGAAUAAUCCAUCUUUUGAUGCAGCACCAACGAAUGGUCAUUUUGGUGGUGGUUCACAACAACUUGGAUCAUCACAUCAUCAUAAUGUCUUUACCAAACAAAUCUAUUACAAGGUGUUGUAUCAUAGAAAUGAUCCAAUUGCAAAGAAAUUUAUCAAGAAUCACAAGUAUCGAUUUGAUUAA